GCGUCGAACGCCGACGACGAACCGCCUGCAAGGCUAGCAGCCCAACACCGAGGAGCAGCCAAAGAGACCACUAUGGCCCUAGCACAGUACCGCAGCCGCCGCGAUUCAGAGAGGAGCUGCCCCUGGUUCCACACGGAAGAACAACUGGAGGCCAUCGCCGAGCAGGCCUAUGAUGAAGAAACAGUUUCCACCACGGAAAGAGCACCAAAAGAGGACGACCCGCUCGUCGAGCCCGCGUUACUGCGGCGCUACGAGAUCUGCGCGAGGGUCGGUGGGACUUCUAGAUGUAUUGUAUAUAAAGCCUACGAGCGCGCCAGAAGACGCUUCGUCGCGCUGAAAUUGCUACGAGGCUGUUUUAGGGAUAGAACGUCUUCACAAAGGUGCUAUCGGGAGGUGGCCUAUCUCCACGCCUUGCAGGGCCAUCCGUGCGUCGGGAGACUGCGACGAGUGUAUGUGGGCGAGAGUGGCCUGCAUGCGGCCAUAGCUCUCGAUUAUUUUGGGACUGAUUUAAGGCAUGCCAUUUUAGCCGACAGACUGUCCCCGGAACACCGGACGUGCGUCGCAAGACAACUCUUCGCGGCCCUGGCUUUUGUCCACGAUGCGAAAAUAGCCCAUCGAGACGUGCGACCCUCAAACAUCGUGCUAGAUGAGAAGUGUCACGCGCAACUCAUCGACUUUGCGUCCGCGAAGUUUUUAGGGUCAGAUGAUUCGACGUCGGCCGCUUUAGAUGGUCUGCGUUCAACCACAGACGACAUCGGCGCGCGGUGCUACCAGCCGCCGGAACAGCUGCUGGGGUCACCGCGACGAGGCGGAAGGGCGGGCGACGUGUGGGCGUGUGGUUGUAUCUUGGUCGAGAUGGAGACGUCCAUACCGCUCUUUGCGGGCAAGAACACGUUGGAUGUACUUACGAGGCAGUGCUGGGUGCUCGGGGCGCCCUCUCCCCAAGACUUACGAGAGCUCCAUUGUUCGACAGAUGCCGACCGCGUCGUCGCCCAUGCGGCAUCAAGGGCGGCGUUGCUAGACCGAGCCCCGUCCAUCUUGGAACUCAUUGAUGACGCCUUUUCACUCAGACAAUCACUACAAAAGACGGAAACGAAAAAAGAAUCUGAUGUGGACGCCAGUGUCCUCAAAAAGGACGCGAGACGGCUGGAGCUGCGCGAGGAGACAAGAAGAGGCGACGUCAGCGACCUGGCCUUGGCUUGUGUUUCAGGACUGGACCCUCGCUUGGGCGCGCACGACGCGCUGCGGCAUCCCUUGUUUGCUGCUUUCACGGAACGACUCCCGGCGUUCGAAGAUAGCAAGGACGGCCUCUUUUCGUUAUUGGAAAGGCACUGCGGCGACGGUCUAGAUUCGGGUUGUGCUAGGUUGCCUUGCAGCGAGUACCGCGCGCGGAUCCAGUCGUACGUCCGCAUCGACGAGGUGACGAUCCAAAAGUGCCGGCCCCCGCACCUGCGGACGCAGAUCCGCAUUUUGACGGAUGACGAUGAUACUUCGUAUGCGUCGUCCUCUCAUCGUAGUGGGACUGCUGUGAGCUGGGCCGACCUGAGCGCCGUGUCCCAGGCGUCGCCCGGUUCGGACGGGACCUACUCCUACUACACGCCCGAGUCGAAGUCGCCCGUGCGGGCCUUGCCCGCUUCGCCGACGAGUCCUAGCACCGAUAGUGAUGUGAGCGCGCGGGAGUAA